CGUUGGAUGGAGUUGGGGGACUGAUUCCUGCCUGAAGGGAAGGGGAUUCAAUGAGCGAAGAAAGUUUUUGUUUCAGCAGCAGCAGCUUCAGGAGCAGCGACUUCCAGCGCUCUCAGUUCCAUUGCAUCUCUGUGCCGCACACUGUGGGCUGCCACUCGCCCCUGAGCCCCCUGCAGUCGCCAAUGUUGGGGUGAGACUUAGCCAGGCAGCCCUACUCCCCGCAAUACAGAGGGGGAUACACACACAGCUGUGGGUGCCGCUGCUGCUUUGCCUGUUGGAUGCGCACAGCCCCCUGGCACUGGGAUGAGUAGUGGGACGUCUCUACCAGGCGCUCCCAGCUUUGUGCGCUGAAGGGGUUCGUACGGAUAAUGCGGGGAUCCCUAGUGCGGAGGAGUUUGGCGCACACAAAGGGUCGGUGACCCGAGCGAGCAAGGAACCAGCGCAGAGGGACACCUAUAGCCCCAGCGGCUCUGCGGGAACUGGCGCAGCUCCGAUCCACAAGUAACUGACCAGCUGCGCAGCGCACUGCGGGAUGCUCCAUACAGUCUGGAACCCUCACCACAAGGCGCUAUAAAUGAAGUGCUACUGUAACCUGAGGGAACGCUGCAUUUACUGGGGUUGCCUUACUCCUGCUCAGUUGUAGCUAAUCCACCCAAGGAAUUUCUGCACCACUGCUUGGAUUUAUAAUUUUGGAGGAAUUUUGGUUCAAAGAUCCUGGAAUAGCAGAAUGAGCCUUUUAACAGGAGUGACUUCUCCCUUUAACAUAGUUACUCAGAUGUGUCUGCUGGUAUCGCUGCUUCUGCUGCAAGUUCCUGGGGUUUUAUGCAGCUCCCAGCCAAGGCAGGUCUUUCAGGUAUUGGAGGAACAACCUCCAGGGACAUAUGUGGGGACUAUCAGCACCAAACCUGGCUUUACCUACCGGCUUAGUGAAUUCCACGUCCUGUUUAGCAUUAACUCCACUACAGGUUCCAUCUACACCACCUCAAAUAUUGACAGAGAGAGUUUGAUCAGUGAUGUUAUCAACCUGGUGGUGCUCUCCAGCCAGCCAACCUACCCAACAGAAGUGCGGAUUACUGUAUUAGAUAUCAAUGACAACUCACCUGUUUUCCCAGAGCCCUCCAUUGUAGUUUCCUUUAAGGAAGACACACAGGGUGGGCGCCAAGUCAUACUGGACACUGCUACAGACUCUGAUGCUGGCACUAACGGUGUAGAUCAUCGCUCCUAUCGUAUUGUAUCAGGUAACCAGGAUGGGCGCUUCAAGCUGGGCAUUACAGUUAACCCAAGUGGGGAGGGGGCUUUUCUUCACCUGAUGUCCCAAGGUCCCUUAGACAGAGAGACCAAUCCAUGCUAUUAUCUGCUGGUGGAGGUGGAGGAUAAAGGGACUCCCAAAAGAUUAGGUCACCUUCAAGUUAAUGUAACUGUGCAAGAUAUUAAUGACAACCCACCAGUUUUCAGCAGCUCCCAGUACCAGGCCAAGAUAGAGGAAGACUCCCCAGUAGGUUCAAGCGUUUUAAAAGUGGAGGCCACUGAUAGAGAUGAAGGCCCUAAUGCUGCAAUCAGGUAUCAACUUGCAGAAGGUACCCCUUUUCAAAUAGAUCCAGAAAGUGGCCUUGUAACUAUUAGGGAACCCCUGGAUUAUGAGAGCCGGCGGCAAUACACCCUCAGCAUCCAGGCCAAAGAUCUUGGUACCCCACCACUCACCGGCCGCUCAGAGGCACUGGUCCGCCUAAUUGAUGUAAAUGAUAAUGACCCAGUAGUAAAAUUCCGCUAUUUCCCUGCUACCUCCCGCUAUGCAUCAGUUGAUGAGAAUGCUCAAGUUGGGACAGUGGUGGCUUUGCUUACUGUCACCGAUGCAGACUCUCCUGCUGCAAAUGGUAAUGUUACAGUUGCUAUCCUGGGAGGCAAUGAACAGCGCCAUUUUGAAGUGCAGACUUCUAAAGUCCCUAACCUCAGCCUCAUCAAAGUGGCCAGUUCUCUUGACAGAGAAAGAAUUCCUUCCUACAACCUGACAGUUAGUGUGUCAGAUCAGGGUCAUCCCAGGCCCCGCUCCUCAGUGGCCAGCUUAGUCAUAUAUGUUAAUGACAUCAAUGACCACCCUCCAGUUUUCCAGGAGCCACAUAGUAAAGUAGAGAUCAGUGAGGAUUUGCCCCCUGGAUCCUACAUUUGUGGGGUUUCUGCUUCUGAUGGGGAUACAGGAUUAAAUGCCAAUCUGCGAUACUCUAUUGUGUCUGGAAACAAGCUGGGAUGGUUCUCUAUUAGUGAAAACAGCGGACUGGUAACUAGUACUUCAGCACUGGAUCGUGAAAUAGCUCCACAACUGCUCUUAAAUAUCAGUGCUCGGGACCAGGGGCCACAGCCUAAAACAAGUUAUGCCACACUCCUUGUCAACCUUCUGGAUGUUAAUGAUCAAAAACCCACUUUUACUGGUAUCAAUGUAAAUGGGCACUUGGUAUCUUUGCCAGAAAAUUCUUUGGUUGGCACUGAAUUGCUCAUGCUCAAGGCUACUGAUGGUGACCUAGGGGACAAUGGAACCAUUCGCUUCUACUUUGAUGCUGAUAACCCUAGCCAGUGCCAGGGAUUAUUUCGGCUAGACCCUUUGUCUGGCAAAUUGAGUAAUCGGGCAGAUCUGGACAGAGAGCAGCAGGAUCGCUGCACUUUACAGAUUUUGGCAACUGAUCUUGGCACCCCUCCCCUGUCUUCCACAGCCAAGGUCAUUGUUUCUCUGUUGGAUGUAAAUGACAAUAGCCCAGUUUUUUAUCCAGUGCAGUACUUUGCCAACAUACAGGAGAAUGAACCACCUGCUAGUUUUGUGGCCACUGUCACAGCUUCUGACCCAGACCUGGGCAUCAAUGGCACAAUCAGAUAUUCUAUUAGAGCUGGGGACACAUCAAAAUUUCAGGUUCAUCCUGAGACUGGAGCAAUCUCUACAAAAGCAGCCCUUGACAGAGAAGAAAAAACAGCCUACCAGCUCCAGGUGGUGGCCACAGAUGGUGGGGGGCUGCAGUCCCACAAUCAUGCCAUAGUCACCAUCACUGUGUUGGACACUCAGGAUAAUCCCCCAUCCUUCUCCCAGGGCUCAUAUAGUUUUGUUAUGUUUGAAAAUGUGGCAGUAGGUUAUAAUGUGGGAACGGUUGUAGCUACCACUAUAGAUCUUAAUACUAAUAUCACUUACCUGGUAACUACAGGUGACCAAAAGGGGGUCUUUACUAUUGACAGAUCCACAGGGCUAAUCAUGACUGCAAGUGUGGUAGAUAGGGAGGAGCAAGACUUUUACCAAUUGAAAGUGGUGGCCAGUGGUGGGGCUGUAACUGGGGAAGCUAUUGUUAACAUCACAGUUAAAGACUUAAAUGACAAUUCCCCUCACUUUGUAAAUGCAGUCGAAAAUGUCAAUGUGGUUGAGAACUGGAAAACGGGUCACAUCAUUUUUCAGGCCAAGGCCGUAGACCCCGAUGAAGGUGUCAAUGGUAGGGUAUCCUACAGCUUAAAGCAAAAUCCUCAAAGCUUGUUUUAUGUUGAUGAGGUUACUGGUGCUGUGAGCCUUACUGGGCCACUAGAUGUUGAUACUGGCUCAUACCAAGUAGAAAUUAUAGCAUCAGAUAUGGGGGUACCACAGUUAGCUUCUAGCUUCAUCUUAACCAUCUCAGUGCAUGAUGUCAAUGACAACCCCCCUGUCUUUGAUCAGCUCUCUUAUGAAGUGACCCUGUUAGAGUCAGAACCAGUAAAUUCAAGAUUCUUUAAAGUUUACGCUACUGAUAAAGAUUCAGGGCUCAAUGGAGAGAUUACAUAUUCUAUAAUUCACGGAAAUGUGGGUGAGGCCUUUGGUAUAUUCCCAGAUGGCCAACUCUAUGUAAAGAGUGAACUGGACAGAGAGGUUAAGGAUUUGUAUAUUUUGCAGGUCUCUGCCUCAGACAGAGCUGUUGAGCCUCUCAGCACUACUGUGAAUGUUACAAUAAUACUGGAGGACGUUAACGACAAUAGACCAUUGUUCAAUAGCACCAAUUAUGUUUUCUAUUUUGAGGAGGAAAACAGUGGGGGGUCAUUUGUUGGGAGAAUCUAUGCUGUGGACAAGGACUCUGGUUCCAACGGUGAAAUAAUGUAUGCUUUUGAAACCAUGCAGCCUGACUUUGAACUGAACACGGUUACUGGGGAGAUUACAAGUACCCAUCAGUUUGACAGAGAGGCUCUCAUGAGGCAGAGGGGGGCUGCAGCAUUCACCCUUAAAGUAACCUCCACAGAUUUAGGUUUGCCAAAGCCACUCAAAGAUCAAGCCACUGUGCAGAUUUACAUAAGAGAUAUCAAUGAUAACCACCCUAAAUUUUCUAAAGACUUAUAUCAAGCUAGCAUAUCUGAAUUGGCUUCUAACAUGACCCAGGUGCUAAGGGUGUCUUCAUCUGAUGUGGAUGAGGGCAAUAAUGGUUUGAUAAGCUAUUCUAUUAUGAAGGGGAAUGAGGAGAAGCACUUUACAAUGGACAGUAGCACAGGGCAAGUGGCACUGGUGGGCAGAUUGGACUAUGAAGCCACAGCCUCUUAUUCUCUGAUCAUUCAGGCUGUUGAUUCUGGGGCAGUUCCAUUGAGUGCAACCUCCACCUUAAGCAUUGAGGUCCUGGAUGAAAAUGACAACAGUCCUUCUUUCCCCAAAGCCGCCUUAUUUGUGGAUGUUGUGGAGAACAUGAGAGUUGGGGAGCUGGUGUCCUCUGUGACAGCUACUGACUCUGAUUCUGGGGACAAUGCAGAUAUUCACUAUAGCAUCACAGGGACUAACAACCAUGGCACUUUCAGCAUUAGUCCCAACACUGGCAGCAUUUUCCUUGCCAAGAAGCUGGAUUUUGAAACCCAGGCGCUGUACAAGCUGAACAUCACUGCAAAGGACAAGGGCAACCCCCCUCGUUCGAGCACCAUGUCCGUGAUUAUAAAGGUGAGAGACUUCAAUGACAACCCACCCUCCUUCCCUGCAGGUGACAUCUUCAAAUCGGUGGUAGAGAACGUUCUCAUUGGCACCUCCAUACUGACUGUCACUGCCACCGAUCCCGAUGCUGAUAUCAAUGGGCAGCUGACAUAUACUAUUAUCCAGCAGAAGCCAAGGGGCAACCACUUUGUCAUUGACGAGGUGAGAGGCACCAUCUAUACCAACGCGGAGAUAGACAGGGAGUUCGCCAACCUGUUUGAGCUGACUGUGAGAGCCAGUGACCUGGCGGUGCCUCUGGAGUCCAGAAAAUAUGCCUUAAAGAAUGUCACCAUCUUAAUAAGCGACCUCAACGACAAUGUGCCCACAUUUGUGUCCCAAAACGCCUUUGCUGCAGACCCUUCACUAGCGAUCGGAUCGGUUUUGUCCACCAUUACAGCGUUUGAUCCCGAUGAAGGGUCCAAUGGAGAGAUCGAGUAUGAGAUCAUUAGCGGAGACACCGAGACCUUCAUAGUGGAUCGCUACAGCGGGGACCUAAGGGUCGCCGCCCCCAUGCUGCCCUCUCACCUUAUCUACAGCCUGAUAGUGGCUGCCACUGACUUGGGCGCUGAGCGGAAAGCCACCACCACGGAGCUCACUAUUAUACUGGAAGGCCAAGAUGGCCCGGUGUUCUCGCAACUCAAGUACAUCACGAUCCUCAAAGAGGGAGAACCGGUCGGUACCAAUGUGAUAAAUAUUGAAGCUGCCAGCCCCCGCGGUACCGACUCGGUGGUGGAGUAUUUCAUUGUGUCGGUCAGAUGCGAGGGCAGGACAGUGGGACGGUUAUUUACUAUUGGGCGCAACACUGGUGUCAUCCAAACAGCAGCAGUGCUGGACCGGGAGCGGGGGGCCCGACUGUACCUGGUGGAUGUAUAUGCCAUAGAGAAGGAGGCCAGCUUGCCCAAAACCCAGAGAGCCCAGGUGGAAAUUACACUGCAAGAUAUUAAUGAUAACCCACCAGUGUUUCCCACGGAUAUACUUGAUCUCACUGUGGAAGAAAACGUAGGAGAUGGCUCGAAAAUAAUGCAGCUGACAGCCACAGAUGCUGACGAGGGCCCUAAUGCUCUGGUGACCUACACCAUCAUAAGUGGUGCUGAUGAUAGCUUCCGCAUCGACCCUGAAUCAGGAGACCUGAUUGCCACAAAACGCCUAGACAGAGAACGCCGUUCUAAAUAUUCCCUACUUGUUCGAGCUGAUGAUGGGCUUCAGUCCUCCGACAUGAGAAUCAAUAUCACUAUUAGUGAUGUGAAUGACCAUAUACCCAAGUUUUCAAGGGCAGUGUACUCAUUUGAUGUGGCAGAAGAUACAAUACCAGGUUCCAUAGUUGCUGCAAUAUUAGCAACUGAUGAUGAUUCUGGUGUCAAUGGAGAAAUCACGUACGCUGUUAGCGAUGAUGAUGACGAUGGAAUAUUCUUUCUGAACCCAGUUACUGGUGUGUUCAAUGUAACGCGUGCUUUAGAUUACGAAUUGCAGCAGUAUUACGUUCUCACAGUUUGUGCACAAGAUGGAGGUGGCCAAGACUCAUGUGUAAGGGUUUAUUUCAACAUCCUGGAUGUAAACGACAAUCCCCCAGUUUUCAGCCGAAAUUCCUACAGUGCUUCGGUAAUGGAAAAUCUGCCUCCAGGCUCAACAAUUCUCACAUUUAAUGUCACAGAUGCCGAUGAUGGAUUCAACUCCAAAUUAUCAUACACCAUAUCUUCUGGAGACAGUAUGGGACAAUUUCAAGUCAGUAAAGAUGGCACCCUAAGUGUGCUUCAACUCCUGGAUCGUGAAACCCAAUCCUUCUACAGUUUAGUUGUUCAAGUGCAUGAUAUGGCUCCCCCACCUGCACCUAGAUAUACCAGCUCAGUUGAAGUAUCUAUAAUUCUGUUGGAUGUUAAUGAUAACCCACCAAGCUUUAUUUCCCCAAAGCUGACAUAUGUCCAAGAGAACACACCCACAGACACAGUUGUAUUUAGGGCACAAGCUACUGACCCAGACAGUGGUCCAAACUCUUAUAUCCAGUAUUCAUUACUUGGUUCCCUGGGUAACAAAUUCAGUAUUGGCAUCAUUGAUGGGGAAGUGCGUCUCACUGGAGAACUGGAUCGAGAAGACAUUUCUAAUUACACUCUAACAAUUAUAGCAAAAGACAAAGGGGAACCUUCACUUUCUUCCAGUAUGGAUAUGAAUAUUAUAGUGCUUGAUAUCAAUGAUAACAGCCCACACUUUUCACAGAGACACUUUAAAGUAGAGAUCAGUGAAAGCACCUUAACUGGUACAGACCUUAUUCAGCUCAUUGCUUCAGAUGCAGAUGAAGGCAUAAAUGGAAUGGUUCGCUAUGCUAUUAUUGAUGGUAAUCCAAGCAAUGAAUUUAGGAUCGAUUCAGUAACAGGUGUCCUCUCAAUUGCCAGACCAUUGGAUCGAGAGAGAAAGUCUUCUUAUACUCUUAAAAUUCAAGCAUCGGACCGGGGAAGCAGCCCUCGUAGCGACACAGCAACUGUCAGCAUACUUUUAAGUGAUAUCAAUGAUGUUGUCCCUAAAUUUGAGCUAUCACCCUAUACUGUUAGUGUUCCUGAAAACCUGGAGACUCUUCCAAAGAUUAUCCUUCAGGUUGUAGCAAGAGAUGAUGAUCAAGGACUUAACAGCAGAUUAACAUACUCCUUGGCUUCUGGCAAUGAAGAUGGAGCAUUCACAUUGUCAUCUAGUGGACAGCUAAGCCUUAUAAAAAGUUUGGAUCGGGAAGUAAAGGAGUGGUACAGCUUACUAAUCACAGCUACAGAUGCAGGAUUUCCAGCUCUAACUGGGACAGGCACCAUCUCAAUACAAGUGGAAGACAUCAAUGACAACAAACCUACAUUUGCAUUAAACCACCACUUUAUAACUAUUCCAGAAGAUGCCCCGACAGGAACAGAUAUUCUCAUGGUAAACUGCUCGGAUUCCGAUGCUGGCCAGAAUGGUGUUAUACGCUACAGCCUCAAUGGCGGCAAUUCUCAGUUUACGAUUAACCCAUCGACUGGUCAGAUCAUCAGCAGCUCGCUGUUAGACAGAGAGGCGAAGGACCACUACACCUUGCUAGUCAUUGCCACUGAUGGAGGAAGUCCUCCCCUGACAAGCACAACAAACGUGACAGUCAAUAUUCGAGAUGUAAAUGAUAAUCCACCAAGAUUUUUGCAUCACCCCUAUGUGACCCACAUCCCUUCCCCCACAACAGCAGGCUCUUUCGUGUUUGCAGUGACAGUAACAGAUGAAGAUAUUGGUUCCAAUGCCGAGUUGCAUUUUUCUCUGAAGGGUCGAAAUUCAGAAAAAUUUCACAUUGAUCCACUACGUGGUGCCAUCAGAACUGCAGGUGCAAUAGAGGGGGCUUCUGAAAUCACCUUUUCAGUCCAUGUUAGAGAUGGAGGUCUCAACUCUAAGACAGACUUAACCACAGUGACAGUGAGAUUUGCUAACAAAGCUGACUUCCCACUGAUUCGAGCUGAUCGCAAGACUUUCACUUUUCCAGAGAAUCAAGAAGUGGGCACGCUUGUUUCAACCAUCUUUGGCUCUUCAUCAAGAGGUGGCUCCUUGUCUUUUUAUAUUGCUAGUGGCAAUUUUGGCAACACCUUUCAUAUUGAUGAACUAAAUGGACAACUGUAUAUCAAAAAUCCACUGGACUUUGAAACCAUGCCAAAAUAUGAACUCUGGGUUGAAGCAAGAGACAUGGGCUUUCCUCCAUUUUCUUCUUAUGAGAAAUUAGAAAUAACUGUUUUGGAUGUCAAUGACAAUCAACCACAGUUUAAACAAGACCCUUUUAUAGCAGAAAUAAUUGAAAAUCUGUCCCCACGCAAAAUACUGACAAUUUCAGCUGAGGAUAAAGACAGUGGCUCCAAUGGGCAGGUUGAAUAUACAAUAUUUGAUGGUAAUAAAGAGGCUUUUUUUAGUAUUAAUCGAGUUAAUGGUGAGAUUAGAAACACCCGACAACUAGAUAGAGAGAAAGCAUCUCAAUAUACUUUAUCUGUUAAAGCUUCUGAUAAAGGUUCCCCUGCAAGGAGCUCUAUAGUAAAAGUCAUUAUUUAUGUUUUAGAUGACAAUGACAAUGCUCCAAGAUUUUCUCAGAUAUUUAGUGCUUUUGUUGCUGAGAAUGCUGUUUUGGGUUGUUUUGUUACACAAGUUACUACUUCCGAUGAAGACGCUGGUGCAAAUGCAAUUAGUCGAUACACCAUUGCAGAUACAAGCCUUCCUUUUCAUAUCAAUCUCAAUACAGGAGUUAUUACAGUAAGCAGGCCUCUGAAUAGGGAGGAUAAUGAUCGGUAUAUUGUGCGAGUGUCUGCACAUGAUUCUGGAUGGACAGUAAGCACAGACGUGACAAUAUUUGUAACUGAUGUUAAUGAUAAUGCCCCCAGAUUCAGUAAACCAUCCUAUUAUUUAGACUAUCCAGAAACACUGGACAUUGGUUCCAAAGUAACCCAAGUAUUUGCAACAGAUUCAGAUGAGGGUCUCAAUGGGCACGUAUAUUACUUUAUUAAAUCCCAGUCUGAAUUAUUCAGAAUCAACUCGACUACAGGAGAAAUUUUUAAUAAGCAGCAUUUAAAGUAUCAAAACCCGAGUGUUUCAGGCAAUAUAAAUAUCAACAGGCACAGUUUUAUUGUAAGUGCUUCUGACAGAGGCAGUCCUCCUAUUAUGAGUGAAACUACAGUGUCAAUCAAUAUUGUGGACAGCAAUGACAAUGCCCCCAAAUUCUCGUCAACAAAAUACUUUACUCCUGUUUCAAAGAAUGCUAAAAUUGGAACAAAAUUAAUCAAGGUCACAGCAGUUGAUGACAAGGAUUUUGGACUUAAUUCUGAAGUGGGAUAUUCUCUAUCAACUGAAAACAUCCAUGGAAAGUUCCAAAUAGACAAAGAGACUGGCUGGAUUACAGUGGCUUCAUCUUUAAUGAUGGAUAUUAAUAAGAACUAUAUGAUUAAAGUUUUCGCUAAGGACAAAGGCAACCCCCCCUUGUCAUCACAAGCACUGGUUAAUAUAACUGUCACUGAGGAAAAUUAUCAUACCCCAGAAUUUUCUCAAAGCCAUGUGAGUGUAACUGUUCUGGAAAGCCUUAGUGUAGGAACUGUUAUAAGAACCAUCUCAGCAAGGGACAGAGAUGCUUCCAUGAAUGGAAUAAUAGCAUAUAAUAUAUCUUCAGGAAAUGAAGCUGGCCUUUUUGCUAUUAAUGCAUCCACAGGUGCCCUGUCUCUUUUAAAGAAUCUGGAUUAUGAACUGUGCCAAAAACAUGACUUAACCAUUAGUGCUGUUGAUGGGGGAUGGGUGGCAAAGACAGGCUAUUGUGUUGUUACAAUUUACGUUAAAGAUGUAAAUGAUAAUCCUCCUAUUUUCAAGGCUGAUGAAUAUUUCCCUAGUGUUAUGGAAAAUGCUCCAAGUGGGACAACUGUGAUACGCUUAAAUGCAACAGAUGUAGAUUCUGCUCCAAAUGCAGUUAUUGCAUAUUCUGUGCAGUCUUCAGAUAGUGAUCUUUUCGUGAUCGACCCAAACACAGGGAUAAUCACAACCCAAGGCUUUCUGGACUAUGAAACAAAGCAGCAUUAUCAUCUAACUGUAAAAGCAUUUAAUGUGCCUGAUGAGGAGCGAUGUAGUUUUGUCACAGUGACUGUUCAGUUAGAGGGAGCCAAUGAGUAUGUGCCCAGAUUUGUAUCAAAGUUGUAUUAUUUUGAAGUUUCUGAAGCUGCUCCCAAAGGUACUGUUGUUGGAGAAGUGUUUGCAAGUGAUCGUGAUGGAGGUAUUGAUGGAGAUGUUCACUAUUUAAUCUUUGGCAGCAGCAGGAAAAAAGGUUUCCAGAUCAACAAGAAGACAGGGAAGAUCUCAGUGUCAGGCAUUCUAGACAGGGAAAAAGAAGAAAGAAUCUCCUUGAAAAUUAUAGCUAAAAAUGUUGGAAGUAUCCGAGGGGCUGACAUUGAUGAAGUAAAUGUUAACAUUACUAUACUUGAUGCCAAUGAUCCUCCUGUCUUUAGUUUAAAAGUAUAUAAUGUUCAGAUCAGUGAAGGGGUAACCCCAGGUACUCAUGUUACUUUUGUAAGUGCCUUUGAUUCUGAUUCCGUUCCCAGCUGGAGCAGAUUUUCAUACUUUAUUGGCUCUGGAAAUGAUAAAGGUGCCUUUGCCAUUAAUCCACAAACAGGGCAGGUCACUGUUACCACAGAACUGGAUAGAGAGAUGACCCCCCUGUAUAACCUUACAGUGUUAGCCAUUGACUCAGGAUCACCAUCUGCUACAGGAAGUGCUGCUCUUUUGGUUACUUUAGAUGAUAUCAAUGACAAUGGACCAACUCUGUCUACGACCAAAGGAGAAGUCAAAGAAAACUACAGAGCAGGAACACAUGUGAUGACUUUACAGUCAACAGAUUUAGACCUUCCUCCAAAUCAAGGUCCAUUUAGUUAUUAUCUCCUCAGUACUGGGCCUGCUACCAGUUAUUUUAGCCUCAGCCCUGGAGGAAUUCUCACCACAACUAGAGAGAUUGAUAGAGAACAAAUCAAUGAGUUUUUCUUAUCAGUUGUCACAAGAGAUUCAGGGUUUCCACAGAUGUCUUCCACGGGAACUGUUCACAUAACGGUGACAGAUCAGAAUGACAACCCUUCCGAACCCAGGGCUGUGGAUAUUUUUGUACAUUAUUAUGGAAACCUCUUUCCUGGUGGAACUCUAGGCAGUGUAAAGCCUCAAGACCCAGAUGUGUUGGAUAGUUUCCAUUGUUCUCUAACCUCAGGAGUGACAAGCCUAUUCAAUAUUCCAGCUGACAGUUGUGACCUAAAUUCUCAAUCAAGAUCAACCGAUGGGACAUUUGACUUAACAGUUCACAGCAGUGAUGGUUUACAUAGUCCUGUAACUAACAAUGUCCGAGUCUUCUUUGCAGGGUUCAGUAAUGCUACAAUUGAUAAUAGUGUCCUUCUUCGCCUUAAUGUAGCAACAGUAAAGGACUUCUUAACAAAUCACUAUCUGCAUUUCUUGCGCAUUGCUAGUUCACAGCUUACUGGGCUAGGAACUGCAGUACAAAUCUAUGGAGUAUAUGAAGAAAAUAACCGAACAUUUUUAAUGACAGCUGUUAAAAGAGGAGGUAACCAAUAUGUCAAUCCCAGUGGAGUUGGUACAUUUUUUGAGAGCAUCAAAGAAAUCCUGCUCAGGCAAAGUGGAGUAUGGAUAGAAUCUGUAGAUCAUGAUUCUUGUUCUUAUAACCCUUGUCAUAAUGGAGGAAGCUGUCUGAGGAGACUUGCUGUAAGCCCAUUAACAAAAGUCCUGGAAAGCGUUCCUGUAAUUAUUGUGGCAAAUGAGCCACUUAAAACAUUCAUGUGCAGAUGUAUGCCAGGAUAUGAAGGAGAAUUCUGUGAAACUGAUAUUGAUGAAUGUCUGCCACUUCCAUGUCAUAAUGGUGGGACAUGCCACAAUUUGGUAGGAGGAUUUUCUUGCAGCUGUCCAGAUGGCUUUACUGGAAUCGCCUGUGAGAGAGAUAUCAAUGAGUGCCUCUCUACCCCCUGCAAAAAUGGUGCUGUUUGCCAGAAUUUCCCAGGAGGCUUUAACUGUGUCUGCAAAGCUGGCUCAACAGGUAAACUAUGUGAAUCUGCUGUUAAUUACUGUGAAUGCAACCCCUGUUUUAAUGGGGCAUCCUGCCAAAGUGGUGUAGAUGGAUACUACUGCCACUGCCCAUUUGGUGUCUUUGGAAAACACUGUGAAUUAAAUAGCUAUGGCUUUGAAGAACUGUCCUACAUGGAGUUUCCCAGUUUGGAUCCCAACAACAACUACAUUUAUAUAAAGUUUUCUACUAUCAAAACUAAUGGACUGCUUCUGUACAACUAUGACAACCAGACUGGAGAGGGAGCAGAGUUCCUUGCACUGGAAAUAGUAGAGGAGAGAAUGAGGCUGUCGUACAACCUUGGCAGCGGAACAUACAGGCUGACAACAAUGAAGAAAGUAUCAGAUGGACAGUUUCACACAGUGAUUGCCCGGAGGGCUGGAAUGUCUGCAUCCUUGACUGUUGAUACUUGUUCAGAAGAGCAGGAACCUGGGUACUGCACUGUCAGUACUGCUGCCCUUUCAACAGACUGGACACUGGAUGUUCAGCCAAACAGAAUAACAGUAGGAGGUAUCAGAUCCCUGGAACCAAUUCUACAAAGGAGAGGACAAGUACAAAGCCACGACUUUGUAGGUUGUAUAAUGGAAUUUGCAGUUAAUGGGCGUCCACUUGAACCAAGCCAAGCAUUGUCAGCUCAAGGAAUCCUUGACCGGUGUCCCAGGGUAGAGGGUGCGUGUACAAUAAGUAUGUGCCAGAAUGGAGGAACCUGUGUGGAUAAUUGGUCUUGGCAACAGUGUAACUGUAAAGAUGGAUUUACUGGCAAACACUGUGAAAAAUACAUGACUGCUGAUACAGCCUUGUCACUUGAAAGCAAAGGUUACCUGGAAUACACUCUGAGUCAGAGCAGAAAGCGAGAGUUUUUGAUUAAACCACGGAGUGCGGAUUCAGAUCUGAUAUUCGUGAAUCAGCUGGAAAUAAAAUUCAGGACUAGAAGUGAGAAUGGACUAUUGCUUCAUAUCCAUGAAAGCAGUAACUAUACUAUUAUAAAGGUUAAAAAUGGAAAAGUGCACUACACAUCUGAUGCUGGCGUGGCAGGGAAAGUAGAGAGGAAUGUUCCAGAGAUCUACAUAGCUGAUGGUCGUUGGCAUACCUUAUUUAUGGAGAAGAAUGGUUCUACUACUUCGUUGUCAAUAGACAAAGCUUACAGCAAAGAUGUACACCAUAUAACACAAGAUUUUGGAGGCUUAAAUGUUCUUAAAAUGCAGCUUGGAGGUAUUCAGCCUGGAUCAUUGUCCCAAAGUUCCCAUAAUGGUUUUGAAGGAUGCAUUGCCUAUGUGAAAUAUAAUAAGGAAAUUCUUCCAUUCAGUGGGAAACACAACACCGUAAGCAUUUCCAAGUCAGAUUCAGCUGCUAAAAUUGGAUGCAGAGGUCCUAAUAUUUGUGCCAGUAACCCAUGCUGGGGAGACUUGAUGUGCAUAAAUCAGUGGCAUGCAUACUCUUGUGUUCCUCCUGGAGACUGUUCCUCAAGUCCAUGCCUAAAUGGAGGCAGCUGUGAACCAAAUUCACAAUCUGGAUUUACCUGUAUUUGUCCCGAGUCUUACACAGGGAACCUGUGUGAAACUGUUGUUGCUUGUGUUGGUAUUGUUUGCCCCCAAGGUAAUAUAUGCAAGAGUGGAAUACAUGGAGGACACGUAUGUGUCUUGAAUACACAUGCAGAAGAAAUUUCUCUCCCACUUUGGGCUGUUCCAGCUAUUGUAGGCAGCUGUGCUACCAUUCUCGCCUUGUUGGUCCUUAGCUUGAUACUGUGCAAUCAGUGCAGAGGAAGAAAGGCAAAAGUGCCAAAUGAUGAAAAGAAACCCAAAGAAAAGAAGAAAAAGGGAAGUGAAAAUGUUGCUUUUGAUGAUCCUGACAAUAUUCCACCUUAUGGUGAUGACAUGACUAUUCGAAAACAGCCAGAAGGAAAUCCUAAACCUGAUAUAAUUGAAAGAGAAAAUCCAUAUUUAAUCUAUGAUGAAACAGACAUAUCCCACAACACUGAAAUAAUACCAAGUGCUCCCCUGGCUGUUCCUGACACUGAGAUAGAACACUAUGAUAUAGAGAAUGCCAGUAGUAUUGCUCCAUCAGAUGCUGACAUAAUUCAGCACUACAAGCAGUUCCGUAGUCACACUCCUAAAUUUUCUAUUCAGAGGCACAGCCCUCUUGGUUUUGCAAGACAAUCACCACUCCCUCUUGGGGCAAGCAGUCUAACUUAUCAAAGUUCAUAUAGCCAGGGACUUAGAACAGCUACAUUGGGCCAUGCAGGUUGCCCUCCUCCUAAUCCACUAUCACGUCACAGUCCAGCACCUUUUUCCAAGUCUUCGACAUUUUACAGAAGCAGUCCUGCACGAGACUUACACCUUUCAAGAAGGGAAGGCAGCCCUUUAGACAUGCAUAAUGAUGUUUGCCAGCCUGGCAUUUUUAAUUAUGCCACACGAUUAGGAAGGAGAAGCAAAAGUCCACAGACAAUGGCAGGUCAUAGCUCAAGGCCAGGCAGUCGUCUGAAACAACCUAUAGGACAAAUUCCUUUGGAAACUGGACCACCUGUAGGGCUUUCUAUAGAGGAGGUGGAAAGGCUAAAUACACCUAGACCAAGAAAUCCAAGCAUAUGUAGUGCAGACCAUGGGAGAUCUUCCUCUGAGGAAGACUGUCAAAGGCCUCUUUCAAGAGUGAGGAAUCCAGCAGAUGGAAUUCCAGCUCCAGACUCAUCAUCUGACAGUGAUUCCCAUGAAUCAUUUACUUGCUCAGAGAUGGAGUAUGAUAGAGACAAGCCCAUGGUAUACACAUCAAGAAUGCCAAAAUUAACUCAAGUAAAUGAAUCAGAUGCAGAUGAUGAAGACAAUUAUGGUUCUAGAUUAAAGCCUAGGAGAUAUCCAGGCCGCAGAGCUGAAGGUGGGCCUGCAACAGCCACUUUACCAGCUGAUAGCACAUUACCUAUGAAGCUUAGCCAGCAAGCUGGUAAUUUUAAUUGGGACAAUCUUUUGAACUGGGGUCCAGGAUUUGGGCAUUAUGUGGAUGUUUUUAAAGAUUUGGCAUCUCUACCAGAAAAAGCAACUGCGAGUGAUAACGAUGGAGGCAGUGCGGCAAAUACAGUUCCCAAAGAUGGAGAUACAGAACAAUAUGUAUAGACAAACUACAGCUGCAUUGUUAAAAUGAAAAACCUUGUGACAGUCACAAAACCUAUGGUUGUUUACAAAUGAAAGUCUCCAUAUUAACAACUGGCCAGUGAAAGUCCAUCGUGUAGGGAGACACAUUUAAAAUAAUAACCAUAUUGCUGCUGGAGAGACAGAACUGUAUGUAAAAGCAAUUUUGGUCAAUAUUCAGUCCUCCUGCAUGUUUUACAAAUAAGGACUCAGCAUGCAACAUUUUUAAAAAAGAUUUUUCUAACUUUUUUUGUGAUGUUACGCAAUGCAAUAAUCGAGACACCUCAAUUUAAUGUCUCAUUCAGAAUGGGUACAAUAUUGUUCUUUUAAAAGAGGCAUGGAGAUGCUACAAUAGGUACGGUCUCUGAAGAACAGAAAAUGGCCCCGUUUUUACAACACUGCUUAGGGAGACCAAACCUUGAGGGCUGCUGUUUGUUGUCCUUCAAGAAACGGAGCACAGUAGGUUCAAGAUGAACAGCACUUUAGGAACUUCUUAACAAUAUGUUCUUAAUAAAAUGCAUUCCCCUUUGUGAAAUUGAUGCUGUUUUUCAAAAUAACCUAUGCUACUUUGACAGAGAACAUUUAUUUUUCUAAGAGCAGCAGUUCCUUUUUUUGCCAGAUAUUCACUAAUAAAGUGACUUGGAAUCUAGUUAUAAAAAUUGCAGACAACGAACGGAAAGAAUAUAAUUGAACUCUGAUAUUACAUAAAUCCCUUUGCGGACCUUUGUACAUUUAAACUAAGAAAUAUCACAUUAGUGAUAAUGUCAUUUGUAUUGUGGGGUAAAGAAAAAUGUUGUUUUUGUAAUUGCUUUUAUCUGAGCUAUGUUUUUUGAUAUUGAUAUUUUCCUAUGCUGAAUAGUUUUCUUACUUUCAGGGAAAGCAAGAAAAUGCUUUUCUGUAAAAAUCUGUUACUUGUGUAACAUUCAUAUUUUUUAAAUUUUGAUACAACUGUACCAUACAAGUAUGCUUUUCUCUUUGUAAAUGUCAAAAAUAAACUUAAAAUAUUUAUUUACA